AUGACGGCCACCGACUUUCACUCGACCCUGGACACCGACGACGGCUUGGGAAAUAAAACGCAGUUUGAAACCUUCCCGACGUUUGGGAAGCCUCACGUCGCCUACGAGAAAAACGAAUUUCCGGUGCGCCGCCUCCCACGGGCAGUGGCAGCUCAGCGCGCACGACCCCCUGCAGUUGCCUCGGCGGUUGCUUCCUUGGCCGUUCGGAAGGAAGUGAAGCCGAAACUGCUGCUCCGGGAGCGAACUCUAGAGCCGUUCCUCGGGCAGAAACGCGAUGGAACACUCGUCUGCACAGACGGUCCGGUUUACGCGCGAGGAACUGUCUCGCACAUCGACAGCGUAGAAACGGAUCAAGGCCGAGGCCGCGUCGCUCAAGUUCGUCCUUCCUCGCCCUUCCACGUGGACAUCAGCGGCAGGCUUCUCACGCCCGGCUCUGUUACACUGCCCGUUGCGGGGCCCUCUGGAGGCGACACACUCUCCGCAGGAGGAGCCGUCGUCAUUGUCUGCUUGGACCGUGGAAAAGCCGCGAUGGCCGUGGCAGAGAGAGACGUGGGAACCAUCUCAGCUCGCGAGGCGGACGACAUGGAACUCGAUCGAGUCAGCCGUUUCGAGAGGCCCCGCACGAGUGCGGCGUCCUACGAGCCGUCUGCCGACGUCCAGAGGAAGCGUCCAUUCUUCCUACGCCUUUUGAGAGAUCCGGCGCAUUUGCUGUCUGUGGUGAACCUAACUUUCUGCUUUCUCGCGCUGGCCUCUCGCCAGGUGGUUCUCCACGAGGCGCGGAAAAUCUCCUCGGCGCCUGGCCUGUUUCUCGACUACCCCACGCUGGUCGGCGACUUCAGGAACCGUUCGGCGAUGCGGGAGGCGGGUGCGCCUCUCCCAGAGGAGACUCUUGCGGCCUUGUCCAUGGAAAGCAACAUCCGCGUUCUGAACGCCUACGGGCGAAGACACCCGCAGAUUCUGACGGACUUCCAGCGGCUCAAACAGGCGUCUGUGUUGAGUUCGUAUUCCGCGAAGGCAACUCGCGUCACAGUGGCUGCGCUGCUUGUCUAUCUCGCCGCGCGGAUGCUCGUGCGGCGCGUCCGAGGCAGGCGGCGGGCCGUGCCGGUGUCUCCGAAGCCGAGGCUCCGCCGAGACACCGGGCGAAAUGCAGGCUGGCCGGCAGGCCAAGCGAGGGCGAAGGUCGCCAGAAACCCCCAGAUCUCGGAUCUGUUUGGCGCCGUCGACAUUCUCCUCGUCCAGAAAACUGCGCAAGCACGCAGCUGA